AUGUCUCCCGCCCAAGACGAAGCCGACGCCCUGCUCGACCCCAAGGACAAACAGCCCGCAGCCCAUCCUGAAGACCUCGCCCACUUCUCCGGCGACGAGUACAAAGACGACGACGAGGAGGAGGAGGAGGACGAGCACAACGAGAAGCGCACCAACCGCAUCCGCGCCGCCCACGCCGCCGCUGGAGACGACUCCGACGAGAGCGAGAUCGACUUCUCCGGCACCAUGGUCUCCAAGCCGGCCGCAUACCACAUCCCGGCGACCGUCUACGACGCCAACACGGGGCCCAAGGGCGUCAUUGCCGAUGCGCAGUCCUUUGAGCGCGCGAAGAAGCGCUCCUUCAGACGCACCCUGACCUCCGCCAGCGCAUUCGACUACAACCCGUUCUCCCGCAGCGGCCACAACUCUCCCGGCGCCAGCGAGAAGCACAGCAAGAGCGGCAGCACCAGCAACUUCAUACACCGCGGCGCGAGUCCCGGCGACUCGGCGGAGGAGAGUGACGAGGAUGAGCGCUUCAUGCGCCAGUGGAGGGAGGCGCGCAUGCUCGAGCUGCAGAACAAGUCUACUCGCCGAGUCAGCCCCAGCAAGCGACGGUACGGCAACGUCGACACCGUCGAUGCCACGGGAUACCUCGACGCCAUCGAGAAGGUCACCCCGGGCACCGUCGUCGUGGUCUGCAUCUACGAUCCAGAGUCGACUGAGAGCUCGAUAGUAGAAGACUGCCUUACUUCGCUUGCUCGCAAGCAGGCCACCACACACUUUGUCAAGCUGCACUAUGAGAUCGCCGAGAUGGACCACAUCACCGCUCCGGCCCUCAUCGCCUACAGGAAUGGUGAGGUCUUCGCUACCAUCAUCGACGUCAUGAAGCAGCUGCCAGAUGGCCGUGGCUGCAGCUCUGCCAGCAUAGAGGCCUUGCUUAUGCAGUACGUCAACAUUCCCCCCAUACACAUAUACUUCUUCCAUUGA